CUACCCCCAUUCUUCAGCCCCGCUCGGAAUUACUAGCUGCGAUUGUUCGACGGGAAUCAAGACAAGACAGACGGAGGGACCUGAUCACUACCUACUGAUCGGGAUCUAUAAAGCCAUCAUCAAAGAACACCCGAGCCGUCAAUUUCAUACCUGCGGACCAAUGAAACACCUCACUCUCAUACUCCUUCCUUUUUCCUCGUCUCCUGCAAUCUUUAUCAGUCGAUUUCGAACGCAACCGUAAUCAUGGGCCAGUGGCAAAUGCGCCGCAAUGUCCCCUCAGACGACGACUGGCGGGCAUACGAGAAGCGGCUGGCCGAAAAGGAAGCCGAGUUCAAGGGCCCGGGCACAAUGCCGGACCAUGUCAAAUGGAAGGACGACGAAUGGGCGCGCUGGCUUGCGAUCGAGAAGAAGCUCGAAGAGAUGACGGCCGCGCUGCCCAAGGAGCGCAAGGCUAUGCUGACUGCGGAGGCUACGGCGGUGAUCAACGAGAGCUACCAACCUUCGGAGGGCAAGGAGAAGCCUUCUCCGGAGGCCGUUCAGCAGGUCGCCGAAAUGCUCACGGACUAUGUCACUGCCUUCAAGCGCAUGCCCGAGGAGUUCAAGCUGUUCGACGAUGAUGAGCAGGAAAGAAUCAUGCGAAACAACUCCGAGGAGCUGCGGCAGUGGCCGGCGCCGCUAUUCACGAACUACCCGGAGGAGGACGAUCGGUGGGAGAUGUUUUUGCAGCGGCUGUACCUGGAGCACCUGCGGAACAUCGGCUACUACGGAGAGUGGCUGAACUAUCAUUUCGCCGACCUCUAUUACUUGACCUUGCACCCGGCCUCACCUACCUUAUCGACAAGGACACCGAGCGUCUGAUCGCCCUGCACGACUUGUGGGAGAAUCUGAGUCCCUGGCUUAAAAAGCCGUCGAAUAUAUGCGAGUGGAGGA